AUGAGUGAUCCCAUCUACAAGACAGUGCCACAGGAACUACCGGUCGGGGACAAACAGCAGCAGUCAACCGGAGGCAAGCAGCAGGAUGAAGGGGAUACACGAUGUGGGUUCUGGAUCUACAGGCCAGCCUACAUGCAACCUCUGGCAAGAAUAGGGGUCUUUGCGGCUUUCUACAGCUUGGCCAAUAUGUUGACCAAUACAUUGACUUUUUAUGUGAAUUCGCAGAUCACAACACUGGAGCGACAGUUUGGCUUUAGUUCACACCAAACUGGCAUCAUUAUGGCCGCCAACGACGUCGGGUUCCUGGUCUUCGUGCUGUUUGCAGCCCACCUGGCCACAAGGACGCAUAUCCCCAGAUCGCUAGCAAUUACAACAAUUGUGUUCGGCAUUUCCGGCAUAUUCUGUUCCCUCCCACACUUCCUGUUUGGAGCAUCCGUCAACAAAGAUCCAACAACAGACAACAGUACAGAAUCCAACUUCAGCAAACAGUCGGCUGUUGCAGGCAGUUUUUGUGACAUCUUCAACAUCAGCGGGGAUCCUUGUGGGAUUAAUACAGCCCAGAACACAGCCGGCCAGAAAGACCAGACAACCUCGGAGAAAGUCUCUGAGAUCUCUUUUGUCAUCAUCGUCCUCGGCAUGACCCUCCAGGGAUUUGGCAAGGCACCUAGAUUGAGCUACUCUCUUCUGUAUUUGGAUGACAACACCAAGAAAGUCAACACCGGCUUCUACGCAGGCAUCAUGUCGGCAGCUGCUGUCCUGGGUCCAGUGGCAGCCUUUCUCCUGGGUGGAGUCUUCAGCCGGAUGUACGUCACACUGGAAGCCACUCAGUUAACGCCACGUCAUCCUAGUUGGAUUGGAGCAUGGUGGUUGGGGUUUGUCGUCUUUGGUCUCCUGGCUGUAAUUGCCGCCAUCCCACUCUUCUGUUUCCCGCGAAAACUGCCCAGAAACAAGGUCAAGGACGCUCCGCUCACCCAAAAAACACCAGCUGGUUUGAAUGCUAUAGAAGACCGUUGUGCUAUCUCCCCAGAAUUUGUGGCGUCCCUAUCGAGGCUUGCGGUCAACCCUGUCUACGGAUGUUUGGUUGUCUCCUCCUGUUUCCACAUUUUCAUGGCUGCCGGAAGUACGGCAUUUUACCCGAAGUACCUAGAGAGGGUAUUUCAUCUUGGGAUUCAUACAGCCAAUUACAUCACAGGUGGGACUCUAGCGUACAAGUAUUGA